AUGUCUCUUCCCGCACAGUAUAUCGAAUUAUGCUCGAGGCCGAAGGCCAAGGUUGCCGGAGGCCGGUUCGUGAUCCAGCGUGACAACAUCGACGAAGAUAGCGAUGUCUCCAGCAGCGACACAAUACAGCUGGACGCAGACUUUCCGCUCACCAACACCGAAGUUACGCGGACAUCCCACGGGAAAGAGGUGGUUCUCCUGUCGUUUGUCCCCGGAGAUCCGGAGAACCCCUUCAACUGGAGCAUACAUCGGCGGCGCUUCAUCUCAGCUCUCCUCUGUCUGAUGACAUUGUUCAUAGGACUGGCGACCACGGCGUACAGCUCAGGAAUCGGUCGAAUGUGCAGGGACCUGGGUGCGUCACAAGAACUCGGACAACUGGGACUGUUCACCUUCAACAUCACCUGCGCCAUCGCCCCCCUGUUUCUGGCUCCCUUCUGCGAGCUUGCGGGUCGGAGAGCCGUUUACGUUGGCGCCUACCUCUGCUUCUCCAUCAUGUUUGUCGGCCUCGCUCUGGGCAAGAACAUCGCCACCAUAUUAGUAUGUCGAGCUCUCCUCGGCCUGUUCGGAAGUGUCGGCACGAUUCUCGUCGGUGGCACGUUUUCAGACAUGUAUCUUGCGGAAGAAAGGGCACAUGCCAUGGCCUUCUUUUCGUAUGUGGCUAUUUUAGGAACCGUCGCGGCGCCGAUCUACGCCGGCUUCAUCGACGAAACCAUCGGCUGGAGGUGGCUCGAGGCCAUACAGGGCCUCUCAAACAUACCACUCCUGAUUCUUGUCGCGUUCGGCCUUCCAGAGACGCGAGGCGGCCUGGUGUUGCGCAAGCGUGCAGCCACCCUGGCCACUGCGGCCGGAGCCGACAAUUUUGUCACCCACAUGGAUUUGGAAGCAAGGAGUGUGAAGGCGCUGUUGCACGAGUCCACGGUGAAGGCUAUCCGCAUGUUGCUGACAGAGCCCGUUGUGUUUUUCUUCGGCCUUUGGAUCGCCUUUGCCUGGUUUAUCACGUUCCUCUUUCUUUCGGUCAUCCCCAUCACUUUCCAGGAGAAACGAGGCUGGAGCGAAGGAAUAGGUGGUCUCCCUUACAUAUCUCUGGCCAUCGGAGCCACCAUCGGUUAUAUCGCCAAUGUCUUCCUGCAGAUGCGGAAAUGGUCUCGGAUACGAUCUGCCGCGGACCGAGAGAUCGUCCCCGAGGAUCGUUUGUACGGAGCCAUGUCUGGCGCGUGGCUGCUCCCGGUGGGGCUCUUCAUCUACACUUUCACUCAGUAUGAGCAUUUGUCCUGGGUGGGACCCGCCGUCGCUUUGGCUCCGAUCGCUGUGGGCAUCUUCUUCAUCUUCGAGUCCUGCUACAGCUAUACGACGGAUUGCUAUGGGGAGGACAGUGCCGGCUCCGCGCUUGCUGCCCAAUCAUUUCUCCGAAAUGUGAUGGGCGCCGUGGCGCCCCUUUUCGCAUCGCAGUUCUUCCACAAUGUGGGCAGUCAGUACGCUGGUCUGAUAUUGUCGCUCAUCGCGACACUUAUGGCGCCGAUACCGUUUGUCAUGUUCAAGUAUGGACAUGUCCUUCGUCAGAGAUCGGCUUUGGCAGAGACCCACUGA